AUGGGAGCUCCGGCCUCUGCCGGGGCGACCUCGACGGCCGCGGAAAGCCAGCAGACUCGGUCCUCGAGCACUCAUCCGUCGCACUCCCACAACGUGCCCCUGAGCGCUCGCAGGUCCACACCUCUUGACUUGUCCACCGUGGAACGACGUGGACAACCCAACAACCCCAGAGAGCCAUCCAAGCGCAUUCGUCCUCAUGGUAUCCCAGAAGCCCCGACUUUCCGUCCAACGGAGGAAGAAUUCAAAGAUCCGGUGGCCUACAUUCAGAAGAUCGCCCCAGAGGGAAAAAAGUAUGGAAUUUGCCGAGUGGUUCCACCAGAGGGCUGGCAACCGACUUUCGCAAUCGAUACAGAGCGAUUUCACUUCAAGACCCGUCGACAAGAGCUCAAUUCGGUCGAAGGAGGAAACCGCGCGAACAUGAACUACGUCGAUGGACUUGCCAUGUUCCACAAACAGCAUGGCACUAACUACAGCCGACUACCCAGCGUGGACAAGCGACCCUUAGAUCUCUACAAACUCAAAAAGGCAGUAGAGAGUCGUGGUGGGUUCGAAUCCGUAUGCAAGACGAAAAAAUGGGCAGAAAUCGGUCGUGAUCUUGGAUACAGCGGCAAGAUAAUGUCUUCUUUGUCCACUUCGCUCAAGAACUCCUACCAGCGCUACCUGCAGCCGUAUGAGGAGUACUUGGCCCGGGCCAAGCCCGGUGUCCAACAACAGCUUGAGCUCGAGCACGGUGGUCCAUACACCCCUUCGCCUCUACAAUCCCCCUUGACUCACAAGCCCAUGAUGGACGAAAAUGGCACGCCUUCUAAAGUCCCGGCCGCAGGCUUUACUUCCGUCAACUCCGGACUCGGUGGCUUUACCGCUGUCAACCACUCCCCUUUCACCCCCGUGAACAACGGCCCGCCAAUCAAGCGGGAAGGAGAGAAUGGCACGUUGACACCCAAGGUCCCUUCCGAGCAUGCUUUCGUUUCGACUCCUGUACACAGUCAAGAUGAGGAGUCUCUGAAGCGUGCCAUCAGCCGCGAGGACAGUUCUCAGUGCGAAAAUGGCGAUGACGAUGAUGGAAGCGGGCGACGCAGCAAGCGUCUCAAGAAAGAUUCCCUCCCAACGGUUGCGGGUUCUCAUAUGUCCCUUCUUCGCCCAGCGCCGGUCAAAUCGCGCAAGGAUGGCUCCCAGACAGCUGGAGAGGUAGGCGGAGGUUCGUGUCAGCGUUUGAUUCAUAUACUGAUUCAGGAACAGAAGUGCGAGACUUGUGGCAAAUCGGAUGAUCAAGGGAUGAUUCUUGUAUGCGACGGUUGCGAGCUUGGAUAUCACAAAGCGUGUCUCGAUCCAUCCACCACCACACCAUCGGAGCACGAUUGGCACUGCCCCAAGUGUUUAGUCGGCACAGGGGAAUUCGGAUUUGAAGACGGCGGUGUUUACUCACUUAAACAGUUCCAAGAGAAGGCUAACGAGUUCAAGAAGAAGUAUUUCGCUUCCAAAAUGCCCUUCGACCCGGUUCUCAACACACAUCGGCGCGAAACCGAAGACGACGUGGAGGCCGAAUUCUGGAAGCUUGUUGUUGAUCUGCAUGAGACCGUUGAAGUCGAGUACGGCGCGGACAUCCAUUCAACCACGCAUGGAAGUGGAUUCCCAACUAUCGAGCGGAAUCCCCUUGACCCAUUUUCUUCAGAUCCAUGGAACCUGAACGUGCUUCCAUUCUAUGGAGACUCGCUCUUCCGUUAUAUCAAGUCCGAUAUCUCUGGCAUGACCGUUCCUUGGGUCUAUGUGGGCAUGUGUUUCUCCACUUUCUGCUGGCAUAAUGAGGAUCACUAUGCUUAUUCAGCCAAUUACCAACACUUCGGUGCUACCAAGACGUGGUAUGGAAUCCCAGGUGCCGACGCAGAAGCCUUUGAGGCGGCCAUGCGGGAUGCGGUUCCCGAACUUUUCGAAGGCCAGCCCGAUCUUCUUUUCCAGCUUGUCACCCUGAUGCCACCAGACAAGCUUCGCAAAGCCGGCGUCAACGUUUAUGCGGUGGAUCAGCGAGCUGGCCAAUUUGUGCUCACGUUCCCACAAGCAUACCAUGCCGGCUUCAACCAUGGCUUUAAUUUCAAUGAAGCGGUCAACUUCGCGCCUACAGACUGGGAGCCAUACGGUGCAGCAGGUGUUGAACGUCUUCAGAACUUCCGCAGGCACCCGUGUUUCUCCCAUGAUGAAUUGCUUCUUACUGCUGCUGCACGUGAUGCUUCUAUUGCCACUGCGAAAUGGCUUGCGCCAGCAUUAGCAAGAACCUGCGCUCGUGAACUGGGUGAGCGGGCUGCUUUCCUGUACCGACAAAAGGAAGUGUCUGCCCAUACCCCAGGCUUUGGUCCAGACUCCAUGACAGACGAUGCGCAGCCGAGAUUCGUAGUUGAGAAUGAAGACCUUCCCGAGGAUGAUUACCAAUGUCAACAUUGCAAGGCCUACGCUUACCUCACUCAGUUCCGUUGUCACAAAUCAGGCAAAACUGUCUGUUUGUCGCACGUGGACACCUAUGACUGUUGUGGCGAAACUUUUGCUCAGAAGUUGUGCGGCCCAGGACAUACCCUCCGUUAUCGCAUGAGUGAUAAUGAAUUGCAGGGGCUUGUGCAGAAAGUCCAAGAACGGGCCAGAAUCCCCGAGGCAUGGUCUGAAAAGCUCGACAAAACCCUGGAGGAUGAACCGAAGCCCCAGCUUAAGGCCCUUCAUAACUUGCUCAAUGAAGGUGAGAAAAUCCCAUACCACUUGCCAGGCCUUCAAGAUCUUGCGGCCUUCGUCCAGCGUUGCGAUAAAUGGGUUGAAGAAGCCAACAACUACAUUACCCGGAAGCAGCAGAACCGGAGAAAAAACGAGAAGGCUUGGCGCAGAGGAAGCACCAAGGCAGCGCAGCUGGACGAUCGCGAUCGCGAAGUCCGCAGAAUUGAACAUAUCUACGCCCUUCAGGCAGAGGCUGAUAAACUUUCGUUCGACUGUCCACAGAUGGCGGCGUUGGAAGAGAAAACCCGCGAAAUCGAGAAAUUCCAACAGGAUAUUAAUAAUGCCCUCAUGCACCCGCACACCCGGCCUCUCCAGGAGAUUGAAGAACUUAUCGAACGCGGCAAAAACUUCAACGUGGAAGUCCCGGAACUGGAACACCUAGAGCAAGUUUCCCGCCAAAUCAAAUGGAUUGAACAAGCUGCGCGCAAACGAGACCAGUACAUGACCCUUACUGAUUGCCGGGAACUUGUCGCUAGUGCGGAGCAGCUCGGCCUCUCCGAUACCAAUGAACACUUAGUUCAUUUCAAGGAGCUUGCUCGCCACGGUGAUGCGUGGGAAAUGAAAGCCAAGGAAUUAAUGUCUGUUGAAGCCGUUCACUAUCAGCAACUAGAAGCUCUCUCUGCGCAGGCGUCUCGUUUCCCAGUUUCACCUGAUACUCUGGCAGCAGUCGAUGCCAUAUUGACCAAGCAGCGUGAGGCGCAGAAACGGAUCCAGACUCUGUAUGAAAAGAGCAAGGAUGUGGAAAUGAAGAAUCGGCCUAAGUACAAGGAUAUCCGUGACCUCAUGGAAUCUCUUGAGCAUUUGACGAGUCGACCCAUCGGGGCGAUCGACUUGGAACGUGAACAAAAGCGCCAUGAAGACUGGAUGAGAAAAGGGAAAAAGCUAUUUGGCAAGGCGAACGCUCCUCUUCAUAUUCUGAGAUCCCAUAUGGAAUACGUCGAGAAGCGGAACUCGUACUGCUUCGACCUGGAGGACAGUUACCGACCGCCUGUGGAGCCUUCGUCUCGAGACAAUUCGCCCGAAGGUUUGCUUGAGAAUCCUGGCAAUCCCAAUAACAUGUGGGGUCCAAAAUCACGAAAGCGAGAUGUGUUCUGUAUUUGCAGGCACUCUGAAGCAGGAAUGAUGAUUGAAUGUGAAGUUUGUCACGAAUGGUACCAUGGCAAAUGUUUGAAGAUUGCUCGGGGAAAAGUGAAGGAAUUCGACAAGUAUACCUGCCCUAUCUGCGAUUGGCGUCAAAAGAUUCCGCGCGAUGCUGCUCGUCCCAAGCUUGAGGACCUGCAAGAUUGGCACGCGGAGAUCGCAACUUUGCCUUUCCAGCCCGAGGAAGAAGAAGUUCUCGAGAGUAUCAUCAAUCAAGCGACAGCCUUCCGUGAUUUCCUGCAUGGCUUCACUAAUGCCGCCUGCACAACGACCGAGGAAGUGCCUACUUUGAUAUUCUACCUCCGCAAAAUCGAGGGCGCCGAAGUUCUCCUCACCUUUGAGACGAAUUUCUUCCGGCAGGAGAUACACAAAUGGGCGCCCGUCGCACCGGAACCUCCUCCAAUUCUUGAGCAAUCUCUGUCAACACGAAAGCCGCGACCGACCAAGCAACAGAAAAUAAUGGCCCAACUUGGGGUGAAUCGUCCAGAAGAUCUCCCGGAGCAUCUUCGCCCGAAGCAUAUCGGCGUAACCAAACGGAAAUCUGUUGAUGCUCAAUCCCAGUCGGUUCCUGGUCAGCCUGCAUCCAUGCAACCAGCGCCACCGACUUCUAGUAGCGGACAACCUCCUAGCACAGGUCCGACGUUGGCUCAGAUGGCAGAUCCGAACACUGCACCAUACCCCUUCUCUGCGAACUAUUCUUUGCCUGCAAGCGAUUCUACUCCCGCGUUUGCACCUACCUCAUCCUCGGCUUUCCUCCCCCACGCAGCCGCUUCUCAGUCCCCCUCAUUCCUACCACGCUCCCCUCCCCAGCCAGACCUGGAACCCUCCCUUUUCAGCCCUCCACGCUUUGGUCAUGAACCUCAGUUCGCGAGCAGCAGCCCUCGUCAGAACCUGGAUGACGUAUUCGCAGACUUGACCAACCAAGAAAUUGACCCUGAAGCUGAGAACCAGGCAAUGGACAAUACUCAUGCUAACGAGGCCCUGGAGGCCCUCGUGGUCAGCAAUGGUAGUAGUCGUCCAGCCUCUGUUCAAGGGGAAUUGACUCAAAAUGGUGAACCUGGUGAACCGCAAGGUGAGCCCAAAGUUGACGGCACUAAUGGGGACCUUGAGGACGAGGAACUUUGA